CUUUACUAUACUGCUUAAACAAAUAUUAAAAGACCGUCAAAAUAUUUUUACAGGGAUUCAUGCACGAGAAUGGAUAACUAUUUCUUCAAUGGUGUAUAUAUCUAAUGAACUUAUACAUAAAAGAAAGACUUUACCAAUAUAUAUGAGAAAUAUUCAUUUUGUCUUAAUGCCAAUUGUAAAUCCAGAUGGGUAUACAUAUUCAUAUGAAACCGAUAGGCAAUGGAGAAAAAAUCGUGUUGAAACACCAGGCAAUUGUAUAGGAAUAGAUUUGAAUCGUAACUGGAAUUAUGAUUGGUACAAUACAAACUCUGAUAAAAACUAUUGCUCAGAAGCUUACCAAGGACCAGCUCCAAAUUCAGAAUUAGAAGUAAAAGCAAUCAUUCGGUUUAUCACAAAAAAUUUAACUAAAAUAAAGGGAUUUAUAUCAUUACACUCAUACGGGCAAGCUAUUUUAUUUCCUUGGGCAUACACUAAAGAUCAUAUAAAAGAAGACUAUGAUAAACUUCAGAACAUAGCUACAUCCAUGUCAUUAGAAAUAUUAGAAAAAACAUCAAACAUCUAUUCUGUUGGUCAAGCAAGUGCAGUAUUUUAUAGAGCAUCAGGAACAUCAAUGGAUUGGAUGAAAGGUAAAGCAAAUAUUAAAUAUGUAUUUACGUUGGAAUUAAGAGAUACUGGUGUCAAUGGUUUUGAUUUGCCUACUAGUGAAAUAAUUCCAACUGGUCAAGAAGCAUUUUGUGCUGUUUCUGUACUAGCUAAAGUUAUUGAUUCUGACAACCAAUCAAAAGGAACAUUUUGUAGGUCCACGUACACAUUGUUUACAAUUAUGUUAAUAACAUUUUAUUAUUAAUCUACAUAAAAAAAGUUAAGAUUAAUACAAAUAGUUCAUAAACAAAUUGUCAUUAUUUAAUCUCUGAGAAACAUAUAGAUGGAUAAAUAAACAUUUAACCGAUACUAAAAUUGAUUUAGAAAAGUUUAAUAAGUGGCUAAACUGUACCCCGCAAAUGUUUUUGAAAAACAUGCCAGAGUGUCGUCUUUAUUUAUCUAUAUCAAUGGUUAGAAAAUGUAGGAAUUAUUAAAAAUAUACUUUUUGAGUAUUGGGUGAUUAAGUUUGUAGUUAGAAGUUCUAUCGAUAUUAGGCUCACACAAUUUUUAAAGAGACGAUGAAAAAGUUAAAUAAAUCUAGUUAGAAAUUAGGUAAUUUUUUUUAUCUUAUUCUUAGAUGGUAGUUAGAUACCAUAUCAUUAUUUAUAUAAAUAAAAUAAAAAUACAAUAGUAUUCUCAAAAUAAAUUAAGUUAAUGCAAAAAAUGGGUACUAUAGUUCACAUAAAAACAAAUAAACUCAUCAACCAAUUUCAGAUGGUAAUAGGCUUUAGAAAAAGAUAGUAUUAAUAUGUAUGAUUCAUUUUUUGUUUGAAAAAUAUUUAUAUUAUA